GAUUACUCCGACCUUCACCAGAAAAAAAUUGUUCAACUUACGAAGUCGAACAAACCCACAAAAAGCAAGCCUGCGAUUUAUAUAUGUAACCAUGGCAACGUCAACUCCAUUGUCUACUACGGCAAAUGCCGUUUACUGUUCUAAAUCCAAUCCUCGGAGUUAUCGAGGAUUAAACUCUAGUUUCUGCAGCCUGGGAAUCUCUGUAAACCUACGGUUGCCACUCCUUAUUAGCACCCGCAGAAAUGUUCAACUAAAUCAAACUAAGAGUAAGAGUGAUCAACCAGAUGUUUCCCCGCCAACCGGAUCAUCUUCAAAUCCGCUGAAAGGUUGGAUCGUUGGAAUUCUGCUAAGUAUUUGUCUACCCACCUUCCACAACAAAUGGGCUCCAUUAAUGCAACUCAAAAAUAACGUGGAUAACAUAGUGGAGACGGUGGAAGAAAUAGCCGACGGCGUAGAAAAGGCUGCAAAGUUAGUGGACAGGGUGUCGGAAGUGAUCGUCGAUGAUCUUCCGCCAGGGGAACUCAGAAAUGCUGUGAAAUCUGUCCAGAAUAUGGCUGAAAAAAUUGAUAAGAACGCUGAAGCUUUAGGAAAUAUGAUUGAUAAGGUUCAACAAAUUGAAGACAUGAUUGAGGAAAGAAUAGAGACUAGUUAAAAAAGCCAAAGAGAAGAAGCUGGCAAAUCUGCCAAAGCAGCAUAAAUUCAAAUUAACAACAAAAAAACAAAUUAAAUUAAAUAAAGAAGUGUUCGGUAAAUAGUUGAUCAGUUCAUUCUUUUUAACUGAAUUGGCCAGUUUUAAUUGAAGCAUGUGCUCCAUCUCAACUAAAAGUCUAAGCUGAUAGUUGGAUUGCACAUUUAUGUUUAUGUUAUAUUAUAUGCUUAACACGACCCCUCACGUGUGAGG